AUGCCUAAUCGAAGUUUCACAUGUGAUAUGAAAUGCAUCUCAAUUAUUUGUUCAUUAUGUGAAUGGAGUGGUUUAUUAAAAGUCUGUGAGAUAUCCUUUUUUUCUUCGGAUGAAUCAAAAUAUAAAAAAUUAUCUCUACCUUCAACGCCUUUUGUUAGAAAUUAUUUUCAUUUUUCCAAUGAAGAAUUUAAACAUCCAGAUGAUAUUGAUCAUUUAAUUCAAAAUGAUACGAAUUAUCAAUUUUAUGUUAUGGCUAAUAAUGUUUGGGUUAUGAAUGGUGAUCUUUUAAGAUUUUUUGCUGAUGAAAAUCAAGAGAUUUAUUUACGAAGAGAUCUUCAUUGGUCUGAUAUAAUUAGACUUCGUUUUGGUUUAAAACGUAAAGAUUCACCAGCUUUAUGUUCAUAUAUGAAAGAAUAUACGUACGCUUAA